AUGGCCCAAAGUCGGAUUCUGGAUUUGGUCAAAACCCAAUGCCGCAUAUUUUCCCUCAAUUUCAACCCACAACGGCUUCGACUGGGAAACAAAGUCUUGAGGCAGCGCCUGCGAGGACCUGCACUCGCAGCAUGGUACCCCAAAAAGACUGUGUCCUUCCGUGAUCUACAGAAUACCUACAAACCUCUUGGAUUGACAACAUUUGAUGAGGCAGAAGAUGACCGGGAAGAAGCUAUUCAGAUUGCCAAGUUGCGUGGCAAGGGCCGGCCGAAGAAGAAACGCACAGCCGCAGAAUCGCGGUCCUCCAAGAAGAAGAAAUAA